AGAUCGACUGUUUGGCCCCGCCUACUGAUCCGCAUCUCCGUUUAAAUGAUGUUCUCAAGCUUUUCUGUCUAAUUUGGACUGUUCGUCUUUGGAGUACCUCACUGUCACAGGACUCUCCAAACCCUAACUUUCCAAAUCGCGUCAAGUUUUCAUCAGCAUUUUGUCGUAACCCAGCACCAAGAUGACGAAAAAGACCCUGAGUGAGGACGAGAAAUUCCUUUUCUUGGACAAAGACUUCAUUAACAGCCCCGUCGCCCAGGCAGAUUGGGCAGCCAAAAAGCUGGUAUGGGUCCCCUCUGAGAAACACGGUUUUGAGUCGGCUAGCAUCAAAGAGGAACGUGGCGAUGAGGUACUGGUGGAGCUGGUGGACAAUGGAAAGAAAAUCACGGUCAACAAGGAUGACAUCCAGAAGAUGAACCCACCCAAGUUCAGCAAGGUGGAGGAUAUGGCAGAACUCACCUGCCUGAAUGAAGCCUCUGUCCUACACAACCUGAGGGAGAGAUACUUCUCCGGACUUAUCUAUACAUACUCCGGGCUGUUUUGCGUCGUGGUGAACCCCUAUAAAAUGCUGCCAAUCUAUUCUGAGAAGAUCAUUGAAAUGUACAAAGGCAAAAAGCGCCAUGAGGUCCCUCCCCAUAUCUACUCCAUAACGGACAACGCCUACAGGAACAUGAUGCAAGAUCGAGAGGACCAGUCUAUUCUUUGCACUGGUGAAUCAGGUGCUGGGAAGACAGAAAACACCAAGAAAGUCAUCCAGUAUUUGGCUGUAGUGGCCUCGUCCCACAAAGGCAAGAAGGACACGAGCGCUCAACAUGCAGGACAACAGUUUGCCUAUGGUGAGCUGGAAAAGCAGCUACUGCAGGCCAAUCCAAUUCUAGAGGCCUUUGGUAAUGCCAAGACCAUCAAGAAUGACAACUCUUCCCGAUUCGGCAAAUUCAUCCGCAUUAACUUUGAUGUGACAGGUUUCAUAGUUGGGGCCAACAUAGAGACCUAUCUGUUGGAGAAAUCUCGUUGUAUCAGACAAGCAAAAACUGAAAGAACUUUCCACAUCUUCUACUACAUGGUAGCUGGCGCACAGGACAAAUUACGUGAGGAGCUUUUGCUUGAAAACUUCAACAACUACCGCUUCCUCUCGGCUGGCCAUGUCCAGAUUCCAGGCAACCAGGAUGAUGAAAUGUAUGUAGAAACCAUGGAGGCCAUGGAUAUCAUGGGCUUCACUGUUGAAGAAAGAACAGAUGUCCUCAAAGUUGUCUCGACUGUGCUGCAGUUGGGUAACAUUGAGUUUAAGAAAGAGAGGAACCAGGAACAGGCUACCAUGCCAGACAACACAGCUGCCCAGAAAGUUUGCCAUCUCCAAGGCAUUAAUGUGACAGACUUCACUAGAGCCAUUCUGACGCCACGUAUUAAAGUGGGGCGUGAGGUUGUGCAAAAGGCCCAAACCAAAGAACAGGCUGAUUUUGCCAUUGAAGCUUUAGCUAAAGCCAUGUAUGAGCGUUUGUUCCGUUGGAUCCUUCUAAGAGUUAACAAGGCACUGGACAAGACGAAACGACAGGGUGCCUCAUUCCUUGGGAUCUUGGACAUUGCUGGUUUUGAGAUCUUUGAGGACAAUUCCUUUGAGCAGCUCUGCAUCAACUACACCAAUGAGAAGCUUCAGCAGCUGUUCAACCACACCAUGUUCAUCCUGGAGCAGGAGGAGUACCAGCGUGAAGGCAUUGAAUGGAACUUCAUUGACUUUGGGCUGGAUUUGCAGCCUUGCAUUGAGCUUAUUGAGAGGCCGAACAAUCCUCCAGGCAUCCUGGCUCUGUUGGAUGAAGAAUGUUGGUUUCCAAAGGCAACAGAUAUCUCCUUUGUGGAGAAGCUUUGCAACACUCAUGCUAAUCAUACUAAGUUUGCUAAACCUAAGCAACUGAAGGACAAGACAGAAUUCUCUGUGCUUCACUAUGCAGGACGGGUGGACUACAAUGCCACAGCAUGGCUGACCAAGAACAUGGAUCCUUUAAAUGACAAUGUUACAGCACUGCUGAAUAAUUCCUCCAAUCCAUUUGUGCAAGACCUGUGGAAGGAUGUUGACCGUGUGGUUGGAUUGGAAACCAUUGCCAAAAUGUCAGACACCACCGGACCUGGUGCCUCUAAGACCAAGAAGGGCAUGUUCCGUACUGUGGGCCAGCUUUACAAAGAGUCUCUGGCCAAACUAAUGACCACACUGCACAACACGCAGCCAAACUUUGUCCGCUGCAUUAUCCCUAAUCAUGAGAAACGGGCAGGAAAGCUGGAUGCCCACCUGGUGCUCGAACAGUUGAGGUGUAAUGGUGUGCUGGAGGGUAUUCGUAUUUGCCGCCAAGGAUUCCCCAACAGAAUUGUCUUCCAAGAGUUCAGACAGCGGUACGAGAUCUUGGCACCAAGUGCUAUUCCAAAGGGCUUCAUGGAUGGCAAGCAGGCCUGCUGUCUGAUGAUCAAGCACCUGGACCUGGACCCAAACCUGUACCGUAUUGGUCAGAGCAAAAUCUUCUUCCGCACAGGAGUCCUGGCCCAGCUUGAAGAGGAGCGUGACCUGAAGAUCACAGUCAUAAUCAUUGCCUUCCAGGCACAGGCCAGGGGAUUCCUAGCUAGAAAGGCCUUUGCUAAGAGACAGCAACAGCUAACAGCUAUGAAGGUGAUCCAGAGGAACUGUGCUGCUUAUCUGAAACUCAGGAACUGGCAGUGGUGGAGACUCUUCACCAAGGUGAAGCCUCUCCUCCAAGUGACACGCCAAGAAGAGGAGAUGAGUCUAAAAGAGGAGGAGCUCCAUAGAGCCAAAGAAUCUGCACAAAAAUUUGAGACAGAGCUAAAAGACAUUACACUGAAACAUACACAGCUUGUAGAAGAAAGGAACCAGCUCCAGGAGAAGUUGCAGGCUGAGACGGAGCUCUACGCAGAGGCGGAGGAAAUGAGAGUACGGUUAGCUACCAAGAAGCAAGAACUUGAGGAGAUCUUGCAUGAGAUGGAGGCCAGGUUGGAGGAGGAGGAAGAUCGUGGUGCAGCUCUACAAAUGGAAAAGAAGAAAAUGCACGAUCAGAUCAAAGAUCUUGAGGAACAUCUUGAGGAGGAGGAAGAUGCUCGUCAGAAGUUGCAACUGGAGAAGGUUACCUGUGAUGCCAAGAUCAAGAAGUUAGAGGAUGAUAUCCUGGUGAUGGAGGACCAAAACAACAAAUUGCAGAAGGAGAGGAAGCUUCUAGAAGAAAGGGUAGCAGAUUUUAGCUCAAACCUAGCUGAAGAAGAAGAAAAAUCCAAAAACCUGACAAAGCUGAAGAAUAAGCACGAGUCAAUGAUCUCAGAACUGGAGGUUCGCUUGAAGAAAGAGGAAAAGACUCGACAGGAGCUGGAAAAAUCCAAGAGAAAGUUGGAGGCUGAAUCAAAUGACCUUCAGGAGCAGAUUGCUGACCUCCAAGCUCAGAUUGCUGAUCUGAAAGCCCAGCUUGCUAAAAAAGAGGAGGAACUUCAGGCUGCGCUGGCACGAUUGGAGGAUGAGACAGCUCAGAAAAACAAUGCACUGAAGAAGAUCAGAGAGCUGGAGGGACACAUCUCAGAUCUUCAGGAGGACCUAGAAUCAGAGCGGGCUGCCCGGAAUAAGGCUGAAAAGACCAAGAGAGACUUGGGAGAAGAGCUUGAAGCUCUCAAAUCAGAGCUGGAGGACACACUGGACACCACAGCCACUCAGCAGGAGCUCAGAGCCAAACGUGAGCAGGAGGUGACUCUUUUGAAGAAAGCCAUGGAGGAGGAGAGCCGUGUCCAUGAGGCUCAGGUGCAUGAGAUGAGACAGAAACACACCCAAGCUUUGGAGGAGCUUACAGAGCAGCUGGAGCAGUCCAAGAGGGUGAAGUCAAAUCUGGAGAAAGCCAAGCAAGCUCUGGAGAAGGAGACAUCAGAACUCCACGUGGAGAUCCGUUCUCUUACUCAGAGCAAACAGGAUGUGGAACACAAGAGAAAGAAGGUGGAAGGACAGCUUGCUGACCUGCAGUCUCGUUUCAAUGAGAGCGAGAGGCAGAAAGCCGAGCUGGGGGAUCGGGUCUCUAAAAUCACUGUGGAACUAGAGAGCGUUACCAACCUUCUCAAUGAAGCAGAGGGCAAAAACAUAAAACUUAGCAAGGAUGUGGCUAGCUUAUCUUCUCAACUGCAAGAUACACAGGAGUUGCUGGCUGAGGAGACAAGACAAAAGCUGCAGUUCUCCACCAAGCUACGUCAAAUGGAAGAUGACCGUAAUUCCCUUCAGGAGCAGCUUGAGGAGGAAUCAGAAGCAAAGAGGAAUGUGGAAAGACAUGUUACGACAUUGAACAUGCAGCUCUCUGACUUCAAGAAGAAGCUGGAAGAGGUGACAGGUAAUGCAGAACUUUUAGAGGAAGGUAAAAAGCGGCUGCAGAGAGACCUGGAGGCGACCAAUACUCAGUUUGAGGAGAAGGCAGCAGCCUACGACAAGCUUGAGAAGACCAAGAACAGACUGCAACAGGAGCUGGAGGAUACGCUGAUGGAUUUGGACAACCAGAGACAGCUGGUGUCCAACCUUGAGAAGAAACAGAAGAAGUUUGAUCAGAUGCUUGCUGAAGAGAAGAGCAUCUCUAGUAAGUAUGCAGAUGAACGAGAUCGCGCAGAGGCCGAGGCCAGAGAGAAGGAGACCAAGGCUCUGUCUUUAGCUAGAGCUCUCGAAGAAGCUCAAGAAUCUCGUGAGGAGCUCGAAAGAGCAAAUAAAGCCCUUCGUGCUGAAAUGGAGGACCUGGUCAGCUCCAAAGACGAUGUGGGCAAGAAUGUGCAUGAGCUUGAGAAGUCCAAACGUGGCCUGGAGGCUCAGGUAGAAGAGAUGAAGACUCAGCUGGAAGAGCUGGAGGAUGAAUUACAGGCUGCAGAGGAUGCCAAACUCCGUCUGGAAGUCAACAUGCAGGCUCUGAAGGCUCAGUUUGAGCGAGAUCUUCAGGGCAGAGAUGAACAAGGGGAGGAGAAGAAGAGGCAGCUGGUCAAACAGGUGCGUGAGCUGGAAACUGAACUUGAAGAUGAGCGUAAGCAAAGGACGGCAAUAGCUGCUUCCAAGAAGAAGCUGGAGGGAGACAUAAAGGAUCUUGAGGGCCAGAUUGAAACAUCUAACAAGGGACGAGAAGAGGCCAUCAAGCAGCUUCGCAAGCUUCAGGCUCAAAUGAAAGACUACCAAAGAGAGCUUGAUGAUGCCCGAGCUGCCAGGGAGGAAGUUCUAUCCAGUGCCAAGGAGAAUGAGAGGAAGGCCAAGAGUCUGGAGGCUGAACUUCUACAGCUUCAAGAGGACUUGGCUGCAGCUGAGAGGUCUAAGAAGCAAGCUGAAGCCGAGAGAGAUGAACUGGCUGAUGAGCUGGCCAGUAAUGCAUCUGGAAAAUCUGCGCUGUCUGAUGAGAAGAGAAGGCUAGAAGCGAAGAUCCAACAGCUGGAGGAGGAGCUAGAAGAAGAGCAGGGCAAUAUGGAGAUGAUUAAUGACAAGCUGAGGAAGAGUGUCCAGCAGGUUGACCAACUCACCAACGAGCUCCAGGCCGAACGCGCCACAUCCCAAAAGAAUGACAGCGCCAGGCAGCUGAUGGAGAGGCAGAAUAAGGAGCUGAAAGCUAAACUCCAGGAGAUGGAGAACCAAGUCAAAUCCAAAUUUAAGUCCUCCAUCUCUGCUCUUGAGGCCAAAGUGGCACAACUCGAGGAGCAACUUGAGCAGGAGAACAGAGAAAAGCAGAACACAGCAAAGGCAGUUCGCCAAAAGGAUAAGAAACUGAAGGAGUUCAUGACCCAAGUGGAAGAUGAACGAAAACAAGCAGAACAAUACAAAGACCAGGCGGAUAAGGCGAACGCUCGCGUCAAACAGCUGAAGAGGCAGUUGGAGGAGAGCGAGGAGGAGUCCCAGAGAAUCACCGCGGCCCGCAGGAAGCUUCAGAGAGAGCUGGAUGAGGCCACAGAGGCCAAUGAUGCCAUGAGCCGUGAGGUCUCUUCCCUCAAGAGCAAACUCAGGCGAGGCAACGAGCCAUCAUCCUUCAGCAGUACACCAAGGCGCACAGGUGGUGGCAGACGCGGAAUGAUCGACAGCUCAGACGCCGCAGAGGAUGAUGCCGACAUGCAGGGCGACUACAAUGGAACCAAAUCUAGUGAAUAGAAGCCUCGCACCGUACUGUUCAAACAUGGUAUUCUUAUCUUUAAAAGACCUUUUUAAUCAAAGAACCACAAAUGUCAUUAUUUAGAUCAUAAUUAUGUUUGACUGCAACAAAGCACUGCUGUUUGGCCAGUCAUGAUUUAAUAGUUUUUUUUAAUUAUUAUUAUUAUUACAAUUGAUAUUUUAUUUACCACAACCCUCAAUUUCUCUUUUGUGGCUGCAGAUCUGCUCAUAUUCCAGUAUAGCACCAUAAGACCUACUAUUUCUUUUUAGGUUCUUUGUUAUUCUUAAACAUCUGAAUGAAACCUGAUGGUCCUAAGACCUAGUAUUGUCCCUUAAAAGACCAUCUGUCUCAUUUUUAUGUCUCAACUGCAGGUAAAUGGCUGUUCACUGUUUCGUACUGCAUAACUGUCCCUGAAUAUACUGCACUUUCUCAUUUAUUUGAUAUAUACUCCUGCAAUACAUACAGCUCGGACAUUGUCCGAUGAAAUUACAGAGCAAUUCUGGAGGACACUUUGACAGAUUUUUUUAGUGUGUCGUGGUGUCAAGUUUACUUAAUUUUCAUUACUGUAGAGACACCAAGUAAAUGUGGUUAUUGGGUUUCAGUAGAUUGCAGCCUCAAGAAAGCGGCUAAAUUUAAACUGUCCCUAAAGGUGUGUGUUGUGCAAGAAACAUGAUUGUAAAACUUGCAAAACAUUGUCAUACCUUAUCAUACAGUCAGGUACCUUGGAAAACUUUGUAAUUUUCUACAGUAUUUUAUGUUCCCUCUGAAUGUUUACUAUAAAACAAGACUUUUAAAAAGACAAAUAUUAUGGAUUUAAUUUCAAUAUUUGAAACAGACACACUGAAAGCAAUUCAAAUCCAUUCUGUCACAUAGAUGUCUAUUGACAGAAAAUGCCUGUAAAAGAACUUUGAAAUUAUAUAAAUAUAUAUAUAAAAUUUUAUUUUUCCAUUAAUUUCACUUGGCACAAACAAUUUACAAUAGGUUGGGAAUGACAUGCCAUUGGAUUUAUUCACAGUAUCUACUUUUAUCUAUUCAUUUGUGAAACCACAUGCACAUGAAAUAAAGUCUGAAAAAAAGAA